CCCCGGGAGCCUGAAGAGCUCGUUGCGAAGGGGCCGGACCGGUUACUUCCUCCAGCGGCGGUGCGGAGCGCAGUGCAGCCGCAGCCCUGAGCGCACGGAGCCGCCCGCUCGCCCGCCUGCCCUCGCCCCGGCCUCCCGAAGCGCCCCACCCGCUCCUCGGCCCCGGCCUCGCCGCGAUCGCAUCGAGAAGCCCGGGCCCCGAGCAGCUGCCGCCCGACCGCGCGUCGGCCCUGCCACAAGCGGCGCGAUGAAUGAUUUUGGAAUCAAGAACAUGGACCAGGUGGCCCCUGUGUCUAACAGUUACAGAGGGACACUCAAGCGCCAGCCGGCCUUUGACACCCUGGACGGGUCCCUGUUUGCCAUCCUCCCCUCCCUGAAUGAAAAGCAAGCGCUCCAAGAAGUGCCGACGGGCUUGGACUCCAUCUCUCACGAUGCGGCCACCUACGAACUGCCCCUGUUGACGCCCUGCAGCAAGGCUGUGAUGAGCCAGGCCUUGAAGGCGACCUUCAGCGGCUUCACGAAGGAGCAGUGCCGCCUGGGCAUCCCCAAGAACCCCUGGCUGUGGACAGAGCAACAAGUUUGCCAGUGGCUGCUCUGGGCCACCAACGAGUUCAGCUUGGUGAACGUAAACCUCCAGAGGUUUGGCAUGAACGGCCAGGUGCUGUGCAACCUGGGCAAGGAGCGUUUUCUGGAGUUGGCCCCAGACUUUGUGGGCGACAUUCUAUGGGAGCACCUGGAGCAGAUGAUCAAAGAAAACCAGGAAAAGGCAGAAGAUCAGUACGAAGAGAAUUCCCACCUCAACUCCGUUCCCCAUUGGAUCAACAGCAAUUCUUUAGGCUUUGGCGUGGAGCAGACGCCGUAUGGAAUGCAGACGCAGAGUUACCCCAAAGGCGGCCUUCUGGACAACAUGUGUCCAUCCGCAGCGACACCCGGUGGCCUCGGCGCCGAGCAGGAGUUCCAGAUGUUCCCCAAGUCUCGGCUCAGCUCUGUCGGCAUCGGCUACUGCUCCCUCAGCCAGGACUUCGCGGGCAGCAGCUUGAAUCUGAUCGCCAGCGGCUCUGGGAAGGCCGGCGACCUCGACGCGCCCGAGAACGGCAGGGACAACAGCUUCGAGAGCUCGGACUCGCUGCUCCAGUCCUGGAACAGCCAGUCGUCGCUGCUGGAGCAGCGGGUGCCUUCCUUCGAGAGCUGCGAGGACGACUGUGGCCAGGCCCUGGGCCUCGGCAAGCCGGCCAUGUCUUUCAAGGACUACAUCCAGGAGAGGAGCGGCCCGGUGGAGCAGGGCAAACCGGUCAUACCUGCGGCCGUGCUGGCUGGCUUCACAGGAAGCGGGCCCAUCCAGCUGUGGCAGUUUCUCCUGGAAUUGCUCUCUGAUAAGUCCUGCCAGUCGUUCAUCAGCUGGACCGGCGACGGAUGGGAGUUCAAGCUCGCCGACCCCGAUGAGGUGGCCCGCCGGUGGGGAAAGAGGAAAAACAAGCCCAAGAUGAACUAUGAGAAGCUGAGCCGGGGUUUGCGCUAUUACUACGACAAGAACAUCAUCCACAAGACGUCGGGGAAGCGCUACGUGUACCGCUUUGUGUGCGACCUGCAGAAUUUGCUGGGGUUCACACCCGAGGAACUGCACGCCAUCCUGGGCGUCCAGCCGGACACGGAGGACUGAGGCCCGGGGACUGCCCACAGGGUCAUCCCGACCGACUGCCCCCAGGCCCCUGCCAGGCCGAUUGAACACUCCAGGAAAUUCGCCAAGAAGCAGUGGCCUGACUUCAUCGGGAGCCGCAGCUCUCGCCCAGAGCCGUGCGGCUUGUCGCCUCCGAAGCCCGCGGAUGGGAAAAGGCUAUUUAUAAUGCAGUCGCACUAACGUGGUCCAGAGGGGAGCGCCCCGCGCGGGCUGGGCGACAGGACCGCUCUGGCUGCUGGGCAUUCUCCAAGGAGCGAGCACGUCGUGGACACACACAUUUUAUUUUCUUUGGCCUUUUGCAACCAGGAAUCACACAGGCAAAAGCGGCCUGCGUUUCAGAGGGCAGGAGGGGCCCCGGAAACAAUCGUGCCCUUUCAGACGUUGGUUUGUAUAUAUGAUUGUAAUCUUAUCAUUGUUAUCAAGAUCCUCUAACAGUUCUAUUUAACAGAAAUUGUAUAUUGUAAUUUAAAAUAAUUAUAUUACUGUAUGUGAAAUAAGAAUGCAAUGUUUAUUCCGUUUUUCAAGAGCACAUAUGGCGUUUUGCAAACAUUGAAUCUGCCACGGGCAGGCUAAGAGAAUUUGUAAAAUGUGUAUUAUUUACAUUUACUACGCCUACAGGAGUAAGGUCUAAGACGGUUAAUCCCUGUUUUGUUGUUUUGUUUUGCCCGGGUUGUAUCUGGCAAGGACUUUGUACAUUUGGGAAUUUUUAUAAGAAACUUAAUGUUAUUAUCUAGGGGCACAGCUGGCCUCUGGUUUCUCCUUUAAUUGUAAUGUAAAAGCUAUAAAGCAGUAUUUUUCUUGACAAA